AUGAUAAAAAACCUCGAGUUUGAAAAAAAAGAUCUUGAAUGUAAAAAUAAAGACUUGAAAACCCGUUAUAUAAUCCAAGAAUCACUAUAUAAAAUAAAUAAAAUAAACUCCGAUUCUCUACAAAAAGAACUUUUACUCCUCCACGACCUUUUAAAAAACGAUGUUUUAAACAUGAUAAAUCAUUUAGGAAAUUUAGAAUAAAACCAAAAUGCUUUAUAAAUAAAAGAAAACAACCCUUGUGAAUUAUUAAAUUUAGAUUUAUUUAAUUUCUAGAAAUUUUUGGCACUUUUUGACUAAGAAUAAGUCUAAAAAACUGCCGUAUUAGGAAAAAUGGGAGGCUUAAUAAAAGCAAUGUUAUAAGGAAUUAAAUAAGAUGCAUUUACAUAAGUAUAGGAUGGUGAAUUAGAAUGGAAUAUAUAGAAAAUAUAAAGUUUUUAAGAAAAUAAUAGUGUUUUUUAAGCUUCGUUUUUCGAAGGAGAAGUUUCUAGUAUAAAUUAUUUAAAAAGCUAAAAUAAAAUACCUUUAGAUUAAAAUAAUAUGACAAACUAAGAAAUAUUAAAAAUUAAAGAGUCUGAAUUUUAAUAAAAAAAUAAAAACACAGAAAAUACUAAUAUCAACGAAAAUUGGAAUUUGACAAUAAACUUUAUUGUUUUUAUCGAAAAUAUAUCCAAAAAUAAUGAAUCUGGUCGGGUAAUGUAAUGGAAAACAUUUAAAAAUUUAAUAUUUGAUAUAUAUUAGUAAAGAAUAUAAUACUAAAAUGAAAUAAAUACUUCUUUAAUUAGCCAUAGUAUGCCUUUUGAUGAAUUCGUUUGCAUUUUUUUCCUCCAAAAACAUAAAAUAAGGAAAAUCGCUGAAGGAAAGAUAUUCGAAUUAUUAGUUUCUUUAAGAUUUUAUAUUAAAAACUAAACAAGAGCAUUAUACUUUUCACUUUUAUGUAAUUUAACAAAAUAUUAUUAUAAUAGUAAUGAAAAUUCUAAUAAAUUCGAUAUUUUUGCAUAAAAUUUCUUCUUUUUUACAUUUAAAAUAAUAAUGAAAUAUAAAAAUAAUAUUAUUGAAUAUUAAGAGAAUGAAUAUUUUUAAUUAAAUAUACUUACAUUAAUAAUUGAUGAAAUAAUCUCUUUUUUUCAAGAAAAUAUAAAAUAAAAAACAUUAUAAAAACUUUAAAAAUUUUAUAUAUAAUAAGAAACUUAAGAAAUAAUUGAAAUAGAUAAAAUUCUUGAAGUUAUAAUGGAAGAAUAUUUCGAACUAAAAAAAAAAAACUACCGAAACAUCACUAAAUAAUUCUCUAAAGUAUACGAAAAUGAAAAUGGUGUAUUUUCUCUUGAUAAUAUAACCUAAAUAAUAAAAGAAUCAUACUACAAUGUCUAAAAAGUUACAAAAAAAUAUACUUUUCCUUCUAUAUUUACGCAUACUAGGGUUUUUUUAAGAGCCCUUACUUCCACACAUAAUAAAUUCGAUGUAACACCCAAAGAAUUUUUACAAGCAGUUUAAAAAUACGGUUUAGAUUGUCCUUUUCCUUUUGUUUUUAUACCUGAAGAUUAAUAAUAUUAAAAUGAAGGUAAUAUUAAAAAAUAAAAUAGUGACUUAGAUGAUGACACAAAUAAUGAAAAUUAUGAUCCAUUUUUAUUAGAAGCCACUGCAUUUUAAGAGUUUUCUAAAGUUUUUUCAUCAUAAAAUAACUAAAUAGGCCAUAAAUUGUAACAUUUUAUCCAAAAUUUUUCACAAAAUACCACUAAAAACUCAAUGUAAGAAAUCGGCUUAUUAGUUGCCUGCGAAUAUGUAUCUAGAGAAUGGGAUAUAUGA